AUGAAAUUCCUUUCUUUCCACAAAGAAGAGAUGCGACCGGAAGCUGAUACGGUUGACGAAUACCUCCAGAUUGGUGGAACCACUUCCAUGAAAUGCAUGCAACAUUUUGUUGACGGUAUUAUAUUUUGCUUUGGAGAUGAGUACCUAAGAAAAUCAACCGCUGAAGAUCUUCAAAGGCUACUCAUUAUUGGAGAGAUAAGUGGAUUUCCCGGGAUGAUGGGAAGCAUCGAUUGUAUGCAUUGGGAGUGGAAGAAUUGCCCAACCGCUUGGAAAGGUCAAUAUACACGAGCCUCGGGAAAACCAACGAUCGUUUUAGAGGCUGUAGCUUCACAAGAUCUUUGGAUAUGGCACCCCUUUUUUGGACCUCCAGGUACUUUAAAUGAUAUCAAUAUUCUUGAUCGCUCUCCUGUUUUUGAUGACAUCUUACAAGGACGAGCACCAAAAUGCAAGUAUGUAGUCAACGGAAACCAGUAUAGUUUGGGUUACUAUCUGAUAGAUGAAAUGUAUCCAAAAUGGGCUACAUUUAUCCAAUCGAUCCGACUUCCACAAGGUGAUAAACCUUCUUUAUUUGCUGAAAAGCAAGAAGUUUGCCGUAAAUAUGUAGAGCGUGGUUUUGGAAUUUUGCAAGCUCGAUUUGCCAUUGUCAAAAAUCCGGCUCUUAUUUGGGAUAAGGAAAGAAUUGGAAAAAUUAUGCGGGCAUGCAUAAUACUUCACAAUAUGAUAGUAGAAGAUGAACGAGAUAUGUAUACUCAGUUUGAUGUCACUGAAUUCGAACAACCAGAAACUUCCGGAAGAACAAGAGUGGAUUUCUAG